UGUUCACAAAUUUCUAUUUGUCAAUAUCAGUAAUCAGAAUAAUAGUUUUCUUGAGUAAACAACGUAAAAUUAUAAACUUUUUUAUUUAACUAUUAAAAAUAUAUGAUAAUUUAUAUCGUGUGAUGGUUAAGAUAAUGCAAACUAGAUAUUAAAACUAAACGUUAAUGAACUACAUAACUAUCUAAGUGAUAGAAGUAUCGAUCUAAAGCCUGACCAUCAAAAUGUCGGUGAUGGCCCCUGAUUUUUUAAACUUUAUUAAAAAGCUGGAAGAAGGUGAAGACAAAUUGAUGUCUGUGUCGCCUAUAGAACAGCCACUCGAGUUUGAAUUUAAUAAUUCAGUAUGUUCUGUAUGCAAUGGAUAUUACGGCCCAAGUUUUGGUGAACCAGUGUGUGUAACCUGUCACGCUUUUCUCUUCCCGGAGUUUCCUUCAUAUUUGCCUUGUUCACAUUUUUCCACUGAAAAAACCGACGAUGGGGAUUCAGGAAACGAUGAGCCCUCGGAUCUAAAUUUCGGCACCGAAAAGAAAUCUAAUAGGACAUUUCCGAUACCAGCUUGGUGGCGUUAUAGAACAUCCUUAGACAGUGAAACAAGUCCGGAAGAUGACGCAAGUCGCGCCAGCAACUCAGGGCCCAGUGGUAGCGGCAGCAAUGGUUCAGGGAAUGACCCUCCGAAGGAAGGAGCGGGGUUUUACGGGGGAUCACCACCACAACCACCCAGUUUAGUUAGAACUCUACAAGCUUUGACAACCCCACGUCUUCCAGACAAUGUGCCAUUUGGCAUUGUUGAGCAUUUGCCUUCUGAAGUGUUGCUAUGCAUAUUCCAAUAUCUGGACGACAUGUCUCUGUGCGCGUGUGCGUGCGUGUGCACUCGCUGGCAGCGACUCGUACGUGCACGUGUGCCGACCCCACGCUGGGCGGCCUUCGCUGCGGCUAGGUGGCCACUGUUCCGACCGAUAUUUACUGAUUUUGAUUGGCAGCGGAAAUACCAAUCGCUAGUGGAAUCCUGUUUCUGCCGCAACUGCCUGGUGCAGAUGUGCGUGCAGGCGCCGCCCGACGGUGAGGAGAACGCCUGGAGACGCAACCGGCUGCGCAGCGAGCUCAAGGAUAAUAAAUUACUGCGUCAGAUGUUGCGUAACGACCCGCCCGAAGGUAUAGCCGCGACGCCGUUGGACGCGAAGUGCUGCCACUGGCAGGCGAGCGUCACCGGGCCGGCCGGCUCGCCGUACGAGGGCGGCGUGUUCUACCUCUAUGUGCAGGUGCCUUAUUCGUAUCCCAUGAGCCCGCCCGUGGUCAGGUUUCUAACUAGGAUCCUACACCCCAACGUGUCCCGUCACGGGGACGUGGGGAUAGACUCGGUGCAUCACAAUUGGUCCCUGGCGCUGACUAUCAGCAAAGUGCUGAUAUCGAUACAGAGCUUGCUGACCGAUCCGUAUACAAAUGUAUGUAUGGAGCCGGAACUUGGAGCGAUGUACGUGAAGGACCGACCGCGGUUCGAAGCCCUAGCUCGUCAGUGGACGUGGAAAUAUGCCAUGCUUGACGUUCUGCCCUUCUGAAUUAUUAUUAUAAUAUAGCUUAGUAAUUGUAUAUAAUAAAUAAUCCGCGUAAAAUGCUUUGCAUUCUCGUAAAAUAUUGCUAAUGAACUAUAAUAUCUGUCUAGGUAAUAUAUGAGCUUUUUUUUGAUGGAUAUUGUACUUAUUGCCAUUUUUUUUUUACUUCCAUUCAACGCAACAAUUUCAAAAACGUAUUGUAAUUGAAUCAAUAGAUGUAUCGGCUGUGUAUUAAGUUAUUCAGAAAUUAUUGUUCUGUAAUCUGUUGU